UUUAAGUUAGAAAAAAACUUUCUGCUAAAGGCUUCCACAAUGGCCGGCCAAGGACCUUUUCCCCAAAUGAAUGGCUUGUAUGGUGUGAUGCCACCUCCACCACCGUUUGUGUUGGCGUACAACCCAUCUCUGCACCGUUCGCGUGUGCCGUUACCGCCGACUUGGGUAUCUGUGUAUGGGGUCAUCCUCCCCAUAUUCUGCAGGAUGUGCCUCCCCAACCAAGCCCAAUGGUUUGUUGAUCUUUGCCUCGACGGAUCAGUUUGGUGCUUCGGACGGGGGUGGGAUUUUUUCGCUAUACAUGCUGGGUUUGAACUUGGCGAUCUACUGAUGUUCGCAUAUCAGUGUGACGGCUUGUUCAUUGUGAGCCGACUGGAUGUCCCACCUCCAUUUCCGUUUUUAGACGAACAUGUCGUUGCGCUGGAAGAAGUGCCAAGGAUUGAGGCUCUACCGGACUUUGAAAACCUCUUCAAUGAGUUGGAAGGUGUCGUCGCCGCCAUAGGGCUUUAG